UGGGCGGGACUUCCGGCUGGUUGAAUCGACUUCCGGCCGUGCUUGAUGGGUCUGGCCGGUCUCCUGACAUGAAGACUCAGUUUUCAGAUAAACCUGUCCAAGAUCGGGGUCUGGUGGUGACGGACAUCAAAGCUGAGGAUGUGGUUCUUGAACAUCGUAGCUACUGCUCAGCAAGGGCUCGGGAGAGAAACUUUGCUGGAGAGGUCCUAGGCUACGUCACUCCAUGGAACAGCCAUGGCUAUGACGUUGCCAAGGUCUUUGGGAGCAAGUUCACACAGAUCUCACCAGUCUGGUUGCAGCUGAAGAGACGUGGUCGUGAGAUGUUUGAAAUUACAGGCCUCCAUGAUGUGGACCAAGGGUGGAUGCGAGCUGUCAAGAAGCAUGCCAAAGGUGUGCGCAUAGUGCCUCGACUUCUGUUUGAAGACUGGACUUACGAUGAUUUCCGAAACGUCUUAGACAGUGAGGAUGAGAUAGAAGAGCUCAGCAAGACUGUGGUACAGGUGGCAAAGAACCAGCAUUUUGACGGUUUUGUGGUGGAGGUCUGGAGCCAGUUGCUGAGCCAGAAACAUGUAGGCCUCAUUCACAUGCUUACUCACUUGGCUGAGGCGCUGCACCAGGCCAGGCUGCUGGUCAUUCUGGUCAUCCCACCCGCUGUCACCCCGGGGACUGACCAGCUGGGCAUGUUUACACACAAGGAGUUUGAGCAACUGGCCCCCAUACUAGAUGGCUUCAGCCUCAUGACAUAUGACUACUCCACAUCACAGCAGCCUGGCCCUAAUGCUCCGUUGUCAUGGAUUCGAGCCUGUGUCCAGGUCCUAGACCCCAAGUCACAGUGGCGAAGCAAGAUCCUCCUGGGAUUGAACUUCUAUGGCAUGGAUUAUGCAGCCUCCAAGGAUGCCCGUGAGCCUGUCAUUGGAGCCAGGUACGUACAGACGCUGAAGGACCACAGGCCCCGAGUGGUAUGGGACAGCCAGGCUGCGGAGCAUUUCUUUGAGUACAAGAAGAAUCGAGGCGGGAGGCAUGUUGUCUUCUACCCAACUCUGAAGUCUCUGCAGGUGCGGCUGGAGCUAGCAAGGGAGCUGGGCAUCGGGGUCUCCAUCUGGGAGCUGGGCCAAGGCCUGGAUUACUUCUAUGACCUGCUGUAGGCUGGAAAGCAACCCCCAAGUGACUGGACUUUUCUAAGCCAUGGAGUGACUGGUGAAAUAUAGGCCUCUUCUCUGUUUACCAUGAGACAGCUGCUAUGGGUCCACGCAUGGGUGUUUCCUAGUUCAGGAUUUGAAUUGGGAUCCUUUCUCCUUACUUCUCACUGCUGCCUGCCGUGGGCCAGGUGGACACAGCCCCCAUCCCCUAGGACAGCCUGGCUCGGGCUCAGGCCUCAGUGCUUUGCAAGGCCUGUGUGGGAUGUGGGUUUGGAAGAUGUGAACCAUCACAGACUCCUAGACAGCCCUUCUUAGCAUCACCCUAAAGCCCGACAAAGGCAGCACAGAGGGCCCUGCCUUCAUACUAUGAUCACCUGCCUACCACAGACAGGGGUAUAUAUUCAAGGUACCUGAUACUUGGAUCAGGUUCUACACCUAUCUCCACUGGGCUUGAUGUGACCAGGUUGUGCGAUCAUGUUGGAAACUGGCCCAGAGAAGCUGGACUUACUUCUGUGAAACGCCAUGAGCCAUAGCCCUGACUGUCCACCAGAUGACAGGAUAGGAUCAGCCCAUGGGGCAGCAGAAGGACCUGUGGGCUGAGUGGGACAGGUAUCAUGAGAUCAGAAGGGGUCUAUCUGUCUUAGUAAACAGCAACAGGCUGGUCCAGUAUGGGGGAGAUGUCCAAGACUUCUAAGGCACCAACAGGUGAAUGGCUGACCUACUUAUUUCUUCACUCCUUCAUUCCAACUGUCCUCAUCUCCCGUUGGAUAUGAUCUCGAGGUAGUGAUUUCUGGUGCUACAGGCCAUUGGGUGGAGCUUUCUAAUCCAUUAGUCAGGCCUGAGCCACAGAGAUCAUAAACCCUAACUAGGAUCCUACCCUGUGAGUUUCUGAGACUUGUAGCUCAAGAUCCUCAGUGUUAGGAACAGGGAGGAUGCUAAAACAGCAGGGCCAGGCCUGACUCAUAAAAGGCUGAACCUCUCCCACUUUGGAGUGGGUAGUCCUACCUAGGUCAGUUGAACCACCUAUUGACCUUAACCUACUGGAAUAGAGGUGUCCCUGAACAUUCAUUCACUGAGGUCAGUGUGGCCAGGGCUGAGACCCUGGGGUGCUAGGUCAGGGGAUUCCUGAGAUGGAUAGACUCUGCCAACUAUCUGAUACCUGUAAAGGCCUUGGGGGCUACACUGACCCCACUGACUUUGAGAAGACACAGCUCUACAGACCCCAGUUAAGGGGUAUAGCCAUGCCAGGACAAGAAGGCCAGUGUAAGGGACAGAGGCAUCUUGACCUCCCAUUCUAUAAGAAGUGGUCAUCAGUGAGCUCGUGUGCUAUGUGUGGUAUGAGGUGGUAGAUGCUGGAACACUGGCUGGCACCUUGGGGCCAUGAGCCUGCUCCCACACUGGCUGCUCAGUGACAGCUGAGUCCUUCUAGCCUUGACUGAGGGUUUAGUGGGUGGGAGUAUUCUCCGAAUAUAAGAAGUGAGUGACAUGGAACUCUCCUAGUUGUGGGGAGAACUGGUGAAGCGGGCUGGGGAACAGCCUUCUGCAAGCAGAUGGAGUGAUCAAGGUGGCAUGGGGACCAGCAGAAUAGGGCAAAGUGCCACAGUCAAGGGUCCUGCUGGAGGGUCAAAUGAUGGAAGUAGAUGGGAACUUGGCUGAGUUCUCUGGGGCCACAGAAAAGUGAGCAGCCAGCUCAGCCUCUUGGUUUUCUUUCCCUCAUUGGUGCUGGAGAUGACCCCAAGAGCCAUGCAGGGACAUCCCCACUGCAGUAACCUUUAGGUUCUGGGUUUGAGUCAGCAAAGCUGAGGUAUGCAGAGAUGUGUCCAAGAGCUGUCAGACUGGGAGAUAGAAAUUCAGUCAGUGAGUGGCAGGGUAGUCGGUGGCUAUGGUGAGCUGGUGACCAUGAGCCAUACAUGACAGCUGCUUAGCUUGGGGAGGAGAGGGGAGAAAGGGCAUCCUGGGACUUGAGUGGAGCUCAGAAGGGCCAAGGCUUUGAGGGUCAGCACCCCACUGUACUUUGAGUACAACUUCUCAGUUUGGCCAUCUGUAAGUAACAGGGCUUUUUGCUAAUUAGCAGUUUGCCUGGAGCAGCUGACUCCACAGUUAACUCAGGGUCCUAUGGCUUCUAACUAGAGGGACGACAGUGGGCCACAAGGACUCAGCCCAGAGCCAGAGAUAUCUGGCUCUACAGAUAACUGGGUCGCACUCAGGUGUGUGAGUCAUAAGGGUGACUCCUAAUAAGAACUGUGCCCAGAGUAGACUCCUCACACAGCAGGGUGUGGAGACUGAGAGCCAGAUAGCUCCUGAGGGUCCUGGGAGCUCAUCUGAGCCCAAACCCCCAGAAUAUCAUCCGUAAGUCAAAGGUUCUCACCUACAGCUCUUCUUUAUCCCCUAGUUAAGAAGACACACUGCCUUUGAUGUCUUGAUGGUGGCUUGAUGCUCUAUGACUCUAACUCUGGCCAGUGGCUAGGGCUCUGUGUCUCCUAGUGUUGCAGUUUGCAGUCUGUCCAGACUAAUCCAGGGGCAGAGGUACUAGGACAGAUACAAGAGUGAGGUAGCCCAGGAGAAACAGGAGUGAACAGAGGCCACCCCUUCCCCCAACUGAAAGAGGUUAGCAGUGCUCCCCUGAGCUCUGGGCCCUGCUGACCCUUGGGAAAUGAAAGAACUUCCUCAGUUGAAGGCUGUGGCUGUACAACCUUUGUGUGUCCAGCAAGAC